GUGUCUCCUUCGCUCGUGACUAGCAUUCACGAGCAAAGGUGUUGUUUCUCUCUCGUAUCGUAUUCUAAAUCCCUGGGUCUAGUAAAAAACAAGAAAUUACGUAUAUGCAUGUAUUAGUCAAAUAUUUUGUUUUAUUUAUGGUCUGUCCGAAGUGACUUGAGGGAAUGAUUUAAAAAAAAAAAAAGACGGUGAUAACGGAGAGGGCUCGAGCGAGUCAUUUGCAUUGAUUUUAAUGAUCCUCGAAACGUAAUUUCAAAAUAUUUAUCUAAUACCGAUAAAAGAAGUGACAUGUGAACAUUCUAGUCGGAGAAUUAUUUCCAUAACAGAAAAAUGAGUGAAAUCAUCCAUUUUUCAAAAAUUCGCAGUGAAAUCUGAUCUGAAUAAUCAAGUAAUACUCGUUUGGAAAAUUUCGAGUGUGCUAGGUUUUUGCUACUCAGUGGAUCUACGUGUUUCAAGUCAAGUUAUACCCAGAUAAAUGUGUGCUCGCAAAAGUAAUCAAUUUUUUCAGACAAACUUUGUGAUUGAAAUGUUCAGUAAGCGUGGAUUAUUUAUGGUGUUCAUGGACAUUGUGUAAAAGUGUAAAGUUAUUAGAGAAGACUAUCAAGAACAGACGAAUAUUUUCAUUUGGAUUGGUUUUUACGUUUUUGCUAUCUUGUCUGGCGACGUCAUUCAGUAUCAGUAUCGUGAUGGAGAGUUCCGAGGAGCCGACGAGUCUCCAAUCAAUCUGUCACUUACAUGCAUCUGAACUUUUUCCAAAGCACGCUCGUUUUGAAACUGAAGAUCCAUCAUUGCCAGUACCAUUUACUCCUCUGAGUGGAGAGAGUGUUGUUGCACUUGGACGUACUUCUGAUGGAAUUUUAGCAUUAUCAAACUAUAGACUUUACCUACAACUUAGUCAGACUUGUUAUAAUAUCCCGCUUGGUCUUAUUGAACAGCUAGAAGUCAAGGAGAUAUUUUACCUUCAUAUAGGAUGCAAAGACGCUCGUUCAGUAAGUUGUGCAUUUUCAACAAAUGAACACUGCUUAGAGUGGUUUAAGCGUCUUCACAAAACGACUUAUCCUAGAAAGAGUGUAGAGGAUAUUUUUGCCUUCGGUUAUUAUGCCUGGUCUAUAGAGGACGGGAAGGAUUAUCCGAGACUCGGGAAAGAUACUAAUUCUUAUACCGCUAUUUUCAAUUCAGAAUUGGAGCGAUUGAAAUUCAACCUCCAUGGAAGUUGGCGCAUAAGUCAAAUAAACAAAGACUACCGUAUGUGUCCAUCGUAUCCUCCGCAACUUCUAGUGCCAGCGUGCAUUACCGACGAAACCUUGGAGGCCGUAGCCAAGUUUCGGAGUUCUCGAAGGAUUCCCGCAGUGGUUUGGAGACACGUGAACAACGGUGCAGUGAUUGCCCGGAGUAGUCAGCCGGAAGUAGGAUGGUUGGGUUGGCGAAGUUCUGAAGACGAAGAUCUAUUGAAAGCUUUGUCAGACGCGUGUUCUUACGAUCGUGGAGAAUCAACCAUCGAAUCUCCAAUAAAUUAUUCCGAUCCCGGUGACGACGUGACUCCAAACACGACGAAGAAGGUUUUGAUUGUCGAUGCAAGAUCUUACACAACAGCUGUUGCAAACAGAGCACGAGGAGGUGGUUGCGAAUGCCCAGAGUAUUACCCAAGUUGUGACAUACAAUUUAUGAAUUUACCAAAUAUACAUUCAAUCAGAAAGAGUUUCCAUGCAGUCAGACAACUCUGUGCGUCAGACGCUGAUCAGCCCAAUUGGUUGAGCCUUUUGGAAGGCACGAGGUGGCUGCAGCAUAUGUCUGGCCUUCUUCGUGCUGCUGUCACAGUAGCAUCAGCCAUCGAACGCGAUGGUAGACCAGUUCUUGUUCAUUGCAGUGAUGGUUGGGAUCGCACACCACAAAUUGUGGCUCUCGCUCAGAUAUUACUUGAUCCUUAUUAUCGCACCAUGGAGGGUUUUCAAAUACUUUGCGAGAGAGAAUGGUUAGACUUCGGACACAAAUUUGCUGAUCGAUGCGGUCAAACUGUAGGUUGUGAGGAUCCGAAUGAACGGUGUCCGGUUUUUCUACAGUGGUUGGACUGUGUACAUCAGAUUAUCAAGCAGUUCCAGUGCAGUUUUCAAAUGUCUUCGACGUAUAUUGUGAAACUUGCACAACAUACGUACUCUCAAUUAUUUGGAACAUUUCUAUGUAACACUAGACAGGAAAGGUUGCAAUCGAGGAUCAGGGAACAUACGUUCUCUGUUUGGCGUUUUCUCAGUUCAAGUUCUUUUGCUAAUCAUCUUUAUUCGCCGUCUAAAAAUGUGGUAUUGUGGCCAAGUUGCAAUGUUCGUGACCUUGUUCUUUGGUCCGAGGUAUAUUUGGGUUCUAUGGAGAUAUCGCCCAAGCCGGACAAACAACGAGUAUCUGUUAUUGACAUCGAGCCAGGUGAAAACGAAGAACCCCAGGGGCAAAUGACGAAGACACGUUCCUAUGGGGAUUUAAUUCAUGCUCAGGAUCACGUAGCGUUUCUUCAUCGUAGACUGAGCGAUCCGAGUAUUUCCAUUGAAAAAAAAUUUGAUUCGAUGAAUCUCAUAAAUGAAUCAGAUAAGACUGAAGAUGUAAACACAGACGAGAAUAUUUGUGGAGAAGACACGAAACCAUUACGAGCUGAUGCACAUAAAGAGACUUAUCCUGUGUAUCAGGUGGCCAAUGAUUUACCGGCUAAUAUAUCAGUGGAUAGUUCAACCGAUACUUUGAUACCAAAUACUGAACCGUCCUUUGUAAACUUUAAUGGAGGAAAACAUGCAUUACAAGUGACAUCACUGCAGGGCAACGUAACUCCUUGGAUAGAGAAUCAUGGAAUAAACCGCAAUCAAUGUUCGUGCAAUUGUUCGAACCAAGAUGGUAGUGAUGUCAGUGAUACGAGUGCUGGAUUGAUGUCAAGGACUCCGAGUAGCAUUUGUCCAGCAUCCCCAACCCAUCAAGACCUUGGCCUCGACAGUCCUGACAGUUUAGACGACGUAGACGGACUUCCAGUAAUUCACUGUGACAUUCAAUUGCGUGUCCAACAAAUCAUCGUUGAACACAAGGUGAAAGAGGAAGCCUUGAGAAAGGAGCUGCACACAACACGGCUGGCGCUUAUACAAAAAGUCUGUACUAAUCACAGUGCAGAUACUGAUCGUAUUGAUGAAAUUGGUUCAUUGCCCGAUUCCGUAGGCAGCGCAGGUGAUCACGGUGAAUCAUUGCCUUCUGACAUGUCUUGGGAGGCCGUGGAGGAGCUUGGACCAGCUCCCACUUUGUGGGUGCCCGAUCAUGCUGUAAAUAGAUGUAUGGGUUGUGAUACGGAGUUCUGGCUCGGUCGACGGAAGCAUCAUUGCCGAUGUUGUGGCAAAAUAUUCUGCGCUGAUUGCUCCGAAAAUUCUACUCCUCUACCCUCCGAGCAACUUUACAAUCCCGUUCGUGUCUGCAGUGAAUGUUUUUCACGUCUUCACCACCCCCACACCAAUUCAUGUCAGUGCACACGUCACGCUGGCAGAACCGAAAAUGAGUUACCGAAUAUCCCAUCAAACUCAGAGAGUACACUGGUUUGCCUACGAUCAAACAUGAUUUCAAUUUCGAAAGAAGGAUGCGCCGAAGCUUGAUUACAAGCGAAUCACCAGGAACCACAAACAUCUGCGGCGGCCAGCCAGGCUAUCAAUUGAACCACUGACAGCAAAGGCAAAAUUAUAAAUAACAGAAACGAAGAAGGACGUCACGCUGCGAACCUCAUGGGGGACGAUUUACUUCAAAAAAAGCAAUAUAAUUCUACAAAAACACUUUCAGAGAUGAUGUCAGAGAUUUGUAAACUAUAUAACUAUUUGUAACAUUCACCGCGUUAUGAUCCAAUAUUUAUUGAUAGGAUUAAUAAUAUUUGUACGAUGGUAUGUAUAGUAUUGGUGAUGGGUGACCUUCGAUGGGAAAAGGGUUCUAUAGGAGAUGGCAGGAAAGAAGUGGAAUCAAGUUUGAAAAUUAUUAAAAGAAAAAAAGAUAAUUGGAGAACAUUGUAGAAUAAUUUUAUUAUAAUCCCAAUUUUGUUUUGUUUUGUUUGGUUUUAUUGAGAUGUAUUCAUAUACCUUCAAAGUGGGUGAAAAUUGUAAAUCGUUUUUGCAAUGGAAAAGAAUAAUAGAAAUUUAUUUUAUAGGCUGUGACAGACGUACUGUUUGCGAGCACGUUAACGAUCGGACUGAUGUGAUCUUUGAGUAAAAAAAAGAAACAAAGGGACAAAUGAUGUA